CGGCGCAUGGCCUUCGAGUGGCGGCUGCUGGGGCCGGCGGGGGGCUUGGGGCGGCGCGGGCGGCUGGUGGCCGCGGCCUCGGGGCUGCCGGCGGUGCCGCUGGCGCUGGGCCUGGCUGCGGGGCUCCUGCUCUCGGCCACGCCGCCCCACCGCUGCCGCCCCGACCCGGCCCUGCUGCCCCCGGCCCUGCGCAACGCCUCCGCCGCCCGCCUCCUCGACGCCGCCCUGCCCCGCGGGCCCCACGGCGCCUGGAGCCCCUGCCUGCUCUACCGCUACCCCCCCGCGCCCGCACAACGCAGCCGCACCGCCGCGCCCUGCACCCGCGGCUGGGACUACUACGCCCUGCCCGAGGCCGGCCUCCGCUCCACCCUCGUCACCCAGUGGGACCUCGUGUGCUCCAAGCAGUGGCAGGUGCCGCUAGAGCAGACCACCCACCUCUCGGGCUGGAUCCUCGGCUACGUGGCCUUCGGCGCCUCUUGUGACAGGUUUGGUCGUCGGGCGGCUUUCCUCUUCUCGCUGAUGCUCUCCAUCCCACUGGGCGUUGCUGUGGCGCUGGCCGUGAAUUACAUCAUGCUGCUGCUUUUGCGGCUGUUUUUUGGGGCCAUGCUGGCGGGCACCUUCCUGUCUCUCUAUGUGGCGAGGCUGGAGUUGUGCGACCCUCCCCACCGGCUGAUCGUCACCAUGGGGGCUGGCUUCUGCUGGGUGUUCGGGGAGCUGCUCUUGCCGGGGCUGGCCGUGGCCUGCAAGGAGUGGCGGCUCCUGCAGGGGGUGAUAACUGUGGGGCUGGCUCUGCCCGCUCUCUGCUGCUGGUGCCCUUCCCUCUUCCCGGAGUCAGCCCGCUGGCUCCUGGCCACCUGCCAGCUGGAGAAAGGCCGGAGGGCCCUGCGCAGCCUGGCGGAGGGCAACGGCGUGUCUCUGGAGGAAGACUUCUACACUGCAGAGCACCUCUUGGCCGAGCAUCAGAGCCCGGCUGAAGAGGUGCCCCAGCCGCAGUUCCACCACCUCUGCGAGGUCCUCUGCAGCCGCGUCAUCUGGAGGAACAGCCUUAUCUUGGGCUUCACGGCCUUCAUCGGCAACGGGAUCCGCCACUGCUUCACCCGCAACCUGACUCCCUACCCGCCCCACUUCUACCUCCCCUACUUCUUGGAGGCCAGCGGGGAGGCGGUGGCUCUGCUCUUCCUCUGCCUGACCGUGGACCAUUUUGGGCGCCGGCCCGUCCUCCUGAUGAGCACCGUCCUCAUGGGCCUUUCCGCCCUCUUCCUGCUGGCCUUGCUGCAGUACCUGAAGGCCUGGCUCAUCUUGGCGUUCUCCGUCCUGGGCAUCCUCACCUCGCAGGCCGUCACAGCCCUCAGCAUCCUCUUUGCCGGCGAAGUCCUGCCCACGGUGGUCAGGGGUGCUGGGCUGGGCCUCAUCCUGGCCGCCAGCACGGUGGGCUUAGCCGUCGCCCCCCUCAUGGAGCUCCACAACAGCCACGGCUUCUUCCUGCACCACGUGGUCUUUGCCUCCUUCGCCAUCCUGUCGGUGCUGAGCAUCAUGCUGCUCCCCGAGACCAGUGGCAGGCCCCUGCCAGACUCCAUGCGCGACGGGGAGAGCCAGCACCGGCCCCCCCUCUUCCGUUCCACCCGAGGCCACCAGGACCACCUGCCCCUGCUCUCUCCCCGGCACCGGCCUGGAGACGGGGCUUACGAUCCUGCCAGCUACGCUCGGCUUGUCUCGGCCACCAAGAAGAUGCUGGGCGCUCACAGCUCCUCUGACUCCCAGCUGCGGAUGAAGCUGCUCCCAGAGCCUGAAUCCCAGGACAGCCCAGCAGAGGGGAUGUAGUGGGGGGGAGCCCCCCCCCCGGUGACUGUGUCGCACCCAAGGCUGUGGGGCAGGGAACUGUCGCGAGCACCCUGGCGCCCCACGUCCAAGCAGGGCAGCUGUGUGCCUGGCUCCAUCCGGUGUGUCUGUGAAGGUGUAAGUGGAGCCCCCGCUCCUCUUGAAGGAGGGAGCAUGGCUGUGCAGGGGCAGAGGGCCCACCCCAGCAAUGAUUCUGGCAUCAGCAGGAAGGCUAAUAAACUGGAGCAUCUGUUUCUAGUUCA